GUCGACGCCGUCGACGCAACACCAGCAGCGUGCAAGUGGGUGAGAGGGGUGUACACAUCGCGCAUCAAGUUUGCUGUGCGGGAGGAGAGCGGCGUGAAGUGCAUCGUUCUUGUCGUCGUCGUCGUCGUCGCCGUGCGACUGAUGCGGUGGAGAAGAAAAAGGAAAAAAAAAUCUAAGAUGUCCAUCGUCGCUGGUUGCAGCAAAUUUUGAUCGCGGAUUUGUUUUGUGACUUUUUUCGGGAUUUGCGGGGCGUUGGAGCGGUCGCAACAUGGACACGGACACAAUUCCCGAUAUCCCCAAUGACAACCCGGAGACGUACUGCCGGUUGUGUUUUUCCGGCUUCUACGUGGAACCGCUGUUUCCGCCGGACGGUCAACCGAAACAGGCGGUGAUCGAGUUGAUUGGAAGGUUGGUGGACAUUCACGUCACGAUGGAGAUGGAUUAUCGGUGCGCCGUUUGUCGGAUGUGCCAGAUGACGCUGGAAGGAUUUCAUAAGUAUCGAGAGCGGUGCCGGACACUGGACGAGGUGCUGCAGCGGAAGCGGAUGGAGCUGCUGCACUAUCAGGUGAAGGUGGAACACCAGGAAGAGCUGGCGCAGAAUGCUGUCGGGUUCGAGGAGGACAUGAUUUACUGCUUGAGUGACACCGAUGAUGAGGGGGAGGGGCCUGGAGCAGGUGGCCUAGGUGACGAACUGUUGGAACAAGGACUGGUGGAAGACGACGGUGAGGAGAUCGAUGAAGAAGUCGAAGAAGAGCUGAUCCGGGGCGACAUGUUGAUAAAGCCGGAACCGUAUGGGAUGGAUGACCACCAUGGAGCAGCGGGUAAAGACGCCGUAGAAGAGGAGGAAGAGUACGAUGACGAUGACGAAGAUGGCGUGGAACGUCCGGGUCUGGCGAAGAGCUUCAAGGGGGAGCAGGUUGUGGAUCUGCUGGAUGAAUCGGAGGAGGAUGAAAAAUCGAUGGAGGCUUCGACCAGGGCCAGCAGCGAAGCCAAGGGCGAGGACAAGGAAAAAGAGGAACCGCUCAAACCGUUGCCCUUCGAGGUCAGCUCGGAUGGGGCCUAUCGUUGUCAAGUGUGCCAGGAAACGUUCCGAUUGAUGAAGGAAAUCAAGAACCACAUCCGCAAGAAACAUCCGGAGCAAGCGAUGGUCUAUUCGUGUCGCUUCUGUGGCAAGAAGUUCUCGGAAACAAAUUCCUUGCGGGCACACACCCGUUUCCACACGAUGGAUUUCCCGUUUUCGUGCGUGGAGUGCGGUGCCAAGUUCACGAUGAAAGCUCGGCUGGACAAUCACGUGUCACGCUACCACGAUAAAAACUCUCCGAGCUACACGGACAAGCGCUUCAAGUGCACCCUUUGUCCGAGGAUAUUCCUGCAGGAGUCCGGUCGCAAUUUGCACAUGUUGCACUUCCACAAUAGGAAACCGGCGGAAUUUCCACCGACAGAGGCCAUUCCGUUUUUGCAGGUUCUUUCCUGCGAUGGCUGUAAUGAGCAUUUCGAUACCCGGGAAGCCAUUGAUGCGCACUUUGCCGAGCACCACGCGGACCAGGAUGCGGAGUCCAUGCCGAAGAUUUCCAAGCGGCACAAAUGUCCGGAAUGCCCAAAGGUGUUCCGUCACCGAACUGCGCUGCGGUCUCAUUGUGUCAUAAACCACGGAACCAUGCCGCACAAGUGCGAAAUCUGCGGAAGCAGCUUCGAACGAAAGCUAAAGCUGGAGAAUCAUAUAAAAAAAUGGCACGGUGAGGACUCCAAGGACAAGGUUCUGGAGCGCUACAAAUGUGACCAGUGCGAGCGAUUCUUCGUGAGGAAUCAGGAUCGCUUCCGGCAUGAACAGGUCGUGCACAACAUUGAGUCACCGGCGAAGUUGCCGACGGUAUGGGAAGGUCGUAAGAGUAACUUCCCGUGUUCCAAGUGUGAACGGAAGUUCCCUUCGAUGAAGACCAUGCGAAUACACUUUGCCCUCAAACAUCCGGAUGUUCCGGUUCGAUUCAAAUGUACGGUUUGCUCCAAGCUGUUCAAGCACAAGACCUCGCUCCGAGAGCACAUGAUGAACCACACCGGAGAGCAUCCGUUCGGAUGUGAUCAAUGUGAUGAGAGAUUUAUCCGGAAGAAGGACGUUGACCGCCAUAUGGAAGAAAUGCAUGGAUCUGAUGACGAGGACGGCGAGAAGAAGGUUCGCUUCCCUUGUCCCUACUGUCCGCGGAAGUUGAUGACCAAAACGGCCCGUGCGAUCCACGUGACGCACAAUCACGCGGACAAGGAACCCAUCGCGAAGCAGGUCCUUUCCUCACUCCCGAAAUCUAUGGCAUGCCAGUACUGCAAGAAAGUUUUCACCAACCGAAACACUCUCAAGCUGCAUAUCUUGAAUCAUUUGGGCAAGCUGCCUCAUCAGUGCGACCAGUGCGACGCCGGAUUCUACAAACCGGCCGAUCUCCUACGUCACAAGCAACGCUAUCACACCGGUGGCUCAUCCCUAUCCCUUGCCAAUCGCUUCAAAUGCGCCUAUUGUCCUCGGAUCUUCAUUCGGAAAUCUGCCCGCCGCUACCAUCAUACCGUAUUCCACGGUAUCGAAAGACAAGUAGCCGGCACCACUACCGCUGGCGGCAAAAAGAGGCAAAGGAUCAAAGUGGAACCGGAUACCACCGACUAUCCGUGCUCCCUGUGUUCCCUCGUCUUCGUCACCGGUCAAAUGCUGCAGACCCAUCACAUGCAGCACCAUCCGGAUCAGCAGUUCUUCUACAAAUGUCCUCACUGUCCGAAGCGCACCGUGCAUCGGAACGCCUACGUGUCCCACAUCCGCCUGCAUAGCGGUGGCUAUCGCUAUCCCUGUGACCAGUGUAACGUCAAGUUCGACCGCCAGGUCCUUUUGAUUCAGCACAAGAAACGCUACCACUCGGACGACUCCAAGGAUGUCCAGCGGUUCCACUGUACGAUCUGCAAUCGGGAGUUCCUUCGCAAUCAGGACCGCGUCCGCCAUCAGAUCGUCGUGCACAACUACCAGGUCCAAAGUAGCGGAUCGCAACCGGGUCCAAGUCCUGGACCGUCCUCCUCUUCCGGCGGUGGCAAGAAAAUGCUGCUGAAAAUCAAACAGGAACGCAUGCUGCCGGAUGAAACUGAACCUCCGCCGGAAGGCGCAGAAGGGGAGACUCCUUCGCCGAAGAAAAAAGUUUUUGCCAUCUCUAGCGACGUGGAGGAGAUCGAGGAUGAUGACGAUGAGCAGCAAGAGGAAGUACAUGGUGGAGAGGAAGCACAUGGCGGGGAGGAAGCACUUGACGGUGAGGAUGCGCAUGACGAGGAGGAGCUACAGCAUGAAGAACAGGAACAUCAGUAUCAUUCCGAACAGGAUAGCUUGCAGGAGGGUCCUUCGGUGCCAACGAUCUCCAAUGUGGUAUCGAUCAAGCAGGAAGCGAUGGCCGCACGGAAGGAGUAUAACGAAUACUAGAACGGUACUGGUAGAUACCUAGAUGUCGACUUGUGGUGACGUGUGCUUGCGCGUGUUUUAGACAGGUAAGAGAUGCAUUUAUUUCCGAUCGACGAUAUAAAUAUAAAUACAUACAUUAUAAUGCUACUGAUAGUAAUAAAGAGUUCCGCGAAUUUGUGAAAUUCGAAA